AUUUUGAAAGGGUUUUUCCUGCGUCUGCAGGAAGUUUCCAGCUUCAGAUUUAACAUCACGUCAAGGACAGUUCCGAUUUCUUAUUCAUAACCAGCUUUAGGUUUAUUGACACAGUUAGUAACCAGAUUGCAACAUGCGAAGUGCGUAUCUCCUCCUGGUACCCACACUCCUGCUCCUCCUGGCCCUUCCUGCCUCAAGAGGACGUUACAAUGACGACUUUGACGACGGGGAGGACCUGGCGGACUUCGAUGACAACGACUUUGCUGAGUUUGAGGACACGAAUGACGAUUUAACCGCUGAGACAGAGACAGCCCCGCCGCCACGUGUCUCAUCACCUUCAUCGCAGCCUGAAGAGGACGAAGAUGAAGCCACUGUGGAGCUAGAAGAUGGUCAAGAUGGUUUUGAGGACUCCGAGACUCAAGAUCAAGAUAUGUACAGCAAAUAUGACCAGGAGGAGUUUGAGGGAAUUGGAGACAUGGAGAAGACGAGCCACUCCAUGAAGGACCCCCUCAUAAUCCACACGGUCCCUGCACAUCUUCAGAACAGCUGGGAAAGUUACUACAUGGAGAUCCUGAUGGUGACAGGGUUACUGUCCUACAUCAUGAACUACAUCAUAGGCAAGAACAAGAACAGCCGGCUUGCUCAGGCCUGGUUUAACUCCCAUAGAGAACUUCUAGAGAGUAACUUUGCACUCGUGGGUGAUGAUGGCACCAGUAAAGAACCUGUGAGCACUGGGAAGCUGAACCAGGAGAACGAACACAUCUAUAACCUGUGGUGCUCUGGGCGUGUGUGCUGUGAAGGCAUGCUGAUUCAACUCAAGUUCUUGAAGAGGCAGGACCUUCUGAACACUGUGACCAGGAUGAUGAGGCCUGCCAGUGACCAAGUGCAAAUCAAAGUGACUCUUAAUGAUGAGGACAUGGACACUUUCGUCUUUGCUGUGGGUUCCAAGAAGGCCAUGGCUCGGCUGCAGAAGGAGAUGCAGGACUUGAGUGAGUUCUGCAACGACAAGCCAAAGUCGGGAGCAAAAUAUGGGCUUCCAGACUCUAUGGCAAUCCUGAGUGAGAUGGGUGAAGUCACAGAUGGUGUGAUGGAUAACAAGAUGGUACACUACAUUACCAACCAUGCUGACAAGAUCGAGUCGAUCCAUUUCUCGGAUCAGUUUUCUGGUCCAAAAAUUAUGCAAGAGGAGGGUCAGCCGUUAAAGUUGCCUGAGACCAAGAAAACGCUACUGUUUACAUUUAAUGUGCCUGGCUAUGGCAAUACAUCUCCCAAAGACAUGGACUCCCUGCUUCCUCUCACGAACAUGGUGAUCUACAGCAUCGAUAAAGUCAAAAAGCUCCGGCUGAACAGAGAGGGCAAGCAAAAAGCAGACAGAAACCGGGCUCGUGUGGAGGAGAACUUCUUGAAGCAGACCCACGCUCAGCGUCAGGAAGCAGCCCAGACACGCAGAGAGGAGAAGAAGAGGGCUGAGAAGGAGAGGAUCAUGAAUGAAGAGGAUCCUGAGAGACAACGUCGUCUGGAGGAAGCAGCACAGCGGCGUGAGCAGAAGAAGAUUGAGAAGAAGCAGAUGAAGAUGAAGCAGAUCAAAGUGAAAGCCAUGUGAAAUAUCACCAGGAGAAAAAACAUUCAAGCACAUGUUGAAAUCAGUGCUCUACUCAGUUUUCUUCUGCUUCAGCUCGGUGGUUGCCAGAAAUCUCCCAACAGACUUCCUGCCUCUCUGGUUGUGUCAGGCUUAGCUGUUUGUAUCACCUGCUGCUCCAUUUGAUGUGUUUGAAACCUAAAAACUGGGUAAACUCAUCAUCAUUCACCAUUAAGUCAGGUUUUCCUUUUUUUUUUUUUUUUUUUACAUUUAUCAACUGUUUGCCUGAAAAACAUAAAGCUUAAUGAUUGUUUUUAAACUUAAGUCGCUGGUAAGGAGGACACUAUUUGGUGGUAUUGUGCCACGUUUUUUAAGAACUGAAACCAUUGCUGUGAUGUCAUUGGGAAUAUAUUAGCAUUAUUGUAAUCUUUAAAUGACAAUGUCAAGGAAAUGUUUAAUAUAUAUGUGGAAUAGGUUUCUGUCAGGCUGUUUCUAAUGGUUAUCUGAGCAAACAAUAAAUGCACUGAAGUCUUUAAUAUUAA